AUGGUCCACUCCACUGCCGCCGGCGCAAAAGGGCGCACCCCGAAUGCGCUGCGCCUCUGCAGCCGGGAGACCCAGCGAGGCGCAGCUGGACGCUUUGGAGACCCGGAGAGUUUUCCCCAGCUGGGCAGCCCACGCCGUCUCUCGCCCUUUUUCCACGCCAGGGUCGCUACUCCUCGUUUACUCCCCCUCCGCAAAGGAAAGCUGAGGGAGAAUUUCCCUCCGACCCCCCCCCCCGACCCCCGCGUAACUUCUCAGAAGUCCUGGGAGGAGCGGAACGACCCGCUUGGAACCCCGGUCUCGGGGGCCAAAGGCGUGGUUGAGCUGCAGGUCUCCUUGGCACGGAACGAGAAGGGCGUCCUGGCGGAUGGACGGUGCUGCCGUGGAGGGCAGGAGCCACCAUGCCCUGUGGCCGAGCCGUGCCACACCUUCUUCAGGGUCUGCCUCAAGGAAUACCAGCUGCGGGCACAGCCGGGGGGGCCUUGCGUGCUGGGGGCCGCCAGCACUCCUGUUUUGGGGGGCAACGUCUUCUCGGCUCCCCUCCAGAAGCUCUCGGACCAGGACGGGACAAUCAUCAUCCCUUUUGACUUUGCCUGGCCGCGCUCGUACUCGCUGGUUCUGGAGGCCUGGGAUGCUGUCAAUGCCAGUGAUGUCACCAGCCCAGGCUCAGGGCAGCUGAUCGAGCGGUUGAUCCGUUCGGGCAUGGUGAACCCAGGCGAAGGCUGGCAGCAUUUAGGGCAUCACGGGCGCAGCGCCCUGCUGGAAUGCCGGCUGCGAGUGCGCUGCCAUGAGCACUACUACGGGCCCUCGUGCAACCUGCUCUGCAGGCCCCGUGACGACUUCUUCGGGCACCACAGCUGCGACGCGGCCGGGAACAAGGUCUGUCUCGACGGCUGGACAGGGAACAAGUGCCAACGGGCUGUUUGUCGCCAGGGGUGCCACAAAACGCACGGGUUUUGCGAGGAACCUGGCGAGUGCAGGUGCCAUUACGGCUGGACGGGCCCCCAUUGUGACCAAUGCCUCCUCUUCCCCGGUUGCGUCCACGGGAGCUGCACCGUGCCCUGGAAGUGCGACUGCGAGACCAACUGGGGUGGCCUUCUGUGCGACAAGGAUCUGAAUUAUUGUGGAUCACACCGCCCGUGCCAGAACGGGGGCACCUGUGCCAACAAGGAACCAGAUGAAUAUGAGUGCCUCUGCCCGGAAGGAUUUGGCGGGCGCAACUGCGAGGAUGGAAUGAAUUUGUGCCAAAAGAGAUGCCAAAACGGAGGGAUUUGCCAGAUGGAGGCUGAUAGGCAGAGCUGCUCGUGCCAGCCAGGGUACACGGGUGCCGAGUGCGAGACCGAACAGAGGUCCUGCAGAGAUGCCCCCUGCCUGCAUGGCGGGCAGUGCCAGCAGGCGGAAAACCAGACCUCCUUCUGCAGGUGCCCUCUGGGCUUUAGCGGCAGGUGGUGUGAGGUCUCUGCCAAUCCCUGCUCUCCGAAUCCUUGCCCCAAAGGCGCCAUCUGCCAAGAUGGAGAAGGAAGCUACACCUGCCAGUGCCCUGAAGGUGCCACCUGUCAGGCCCUGCAAGACCCCUGCUUGGGUGAGGGGUGCAAAGGAGAGACCAACGUUGGCCUCCUGUCUGCCGUCCUUCUACCAGUUCUCCUCCUCACCGGAGGAGUCCCCGUGUUGGUGUUACUGCUCCUGCUUUGCCUUCAACACCGCUUUCUGCCGAAAGUCCCCGGUCAAACCGAACCUCCCGCCAACAACAGCCUGCGGCCGGAUGCCGUCCAUCUCAUCCGCAACUUCACCCCCGGGGAGGCCGAGCGAGGGCCCAGUGCGGCUGACGGCAUGGCCAAGAUGGCGGGGCUGCCCGCUGGGGGGCCUCCUUCUCCGGAGCUCUCCAAGGUGGACAUCUCCAACCAGGAGAGAGCCAGACUCAACCAGUUGAACGUCGGCCUGGUUUUAGCGAAGCCGCCUCUCUGACAAGAAGGAGAUGGCGGAGGAGUGUUGUCCUAGGCCUCACCCCAAAAGCACUCGGUCAAUUCUGAGUCCCGGCAAAAAAACCUCUUCAUUUACAAGAAUGUGAAUUGUUUCAUUCAGAGUCAGCCAACGGCUUGGCCCACAGCCUC